UUCCGGUGAGGAAGCAACAUGGGAGAAAUGAAUGGGUGAAAGGAGGUUUCAAUGCCUCAAAACUGUGAUAAACGGAUUAAUUCUGGCUUUAGCUUCAGCCGAAAUCGAUGUGACUCUUCCCUGAGAUCGUUUUCCAAGUACACGUGAUCCAGCUGAGAUAAAACACUACAGAUCUCCAUCUUUCCACAGAGUUUAAAGAUUCGUAUUCUGUGUGUGGAAGUUUUCCCCCUAAUGUCAUGUGAUGGCGUUUCCUGAGCCCAGACCUCAGGCUCCUCAGCUGCCUCAGCAUCUCCACCGGACCAUCGACUGUCGCCAAGGACCCGUCAGGGCCGUCCGCUUUAAUGCUGACGGGAACUACGUGCUGUCCUGUGGAGCUGACAAGUCUUUAAAGCUGUGGAGCGCCAGCAACGGGACCCUGCUGAAGACGUACAGCGGACACGGAUAUGAAGUCCUGGACGCCGACGGUUCCUUUGACAACAGCCAGAUUUGCUCCUGCAGCUCAGACAAGACGGUGAUUCUGUGGGACGUGGGAACGGGACAGGUCUCACGCAAACUCCGAGGCCACGCCGGGAAAGUCAACUGUGUGCAGUUCAACGAGGAGGCGACCGUCAUCUUAUCUGGAUCCAUCGAUGGCACGGUGCGCUGCUGGGACACCAGGUCCAGACGAUUCGAGCCCAUCCAGGUUCUGGACGAGGCCCGAGACAGCGUCAGCAGCAUCAAGGUGGCUCAACAUGAGCUGCUCACCGGGUCGGUGGACGGCAGAGUGAGACGCUACGACCUGAGGAUGGGACAGAUGCAUGUGGACUUCAUCAGCAGUCCGAUCACCUGUGUGUGCUUCAGCCAGGACGGUCAGUGCACCCUGAGCUCCAGUUUGGACUCCACCGUCAGGCUUCUGGAUAAGAGCACGGGGGAGAUGCUGGGAGAGUACACUGGCCAUAAGAUGAAGGGCUACAAGCUGGACUGCUGCCUGUCCAGUAAAGACACUCACGUCCUGAGCUGUUCGGAGGACGGACACAUUUACUGCUGGGACCUGGUGGAGGGGUCUCUGUCCUUGAAGCUGCCCGUUGGCAAAGCGGUCGUCCAAUCGCUGUCCUUCCACCCCACAGAGACCCGCCUCCUCACGGCCAUGGAGGGGCGCGUUCAGGUGUGGGGGGCGGAGCCAGCGGAGGACGCCAUGGCCACAUAGAGACGGGGGACAAACUGUGAACAGAGGACUGCUGGGAGACUGUGUUGAACGCUGCAGUGCUUGAAAAGAGGAAAUCAUCUGAGGCUUGAUGGCGUUCAGUCCGGAGGAAUGGAACCUUUUCAUCCCUUUUUGUUCUUGUGUUGGGUUCAUGAUAAGUAGAAAAAGAAAAAAUUCAGACUGGAAACCAACAAAUUGUCACAGAAGGGAAAAAUGUUACUUUAUUUUUGGAUCGAAUUAUUAGAUUGAGCAAAUUCUUGGCUGCAUGCCUACAAGCUGUGCUUUUGUUUUUCUACAGUUUUUUUUGUUUUUUUUUAUCAGAGAAAAUGUUGAACACAACACAACAGUUGCAAGACAUAAAAUAAAUAGAUGGAUAAAAACACGUGAUUCUCAUUAAAAUGUGACUUUGACUGAAUAACAAAAAAAUUGCAGACAAUUUCUACAUUUUUGUACAAAAAAACCCAAAAAGAAUAAAAAUUUAAAUUCCA